AUGGCAACACCAUCGGAACCUCCGCCCUUAUUCAUUCGGGGGGAAAGAAAAGAGAUAGAAAGAAACAGAGGGAGAGGGAGACGGAAUAAGAGAAGAGAGGAGGGAGAAGAGAGACCGCACGGCAAGGCUUGGUCAUGCCGCCGCAUCGCUGUCGCGUCAUUGUCACAGGGGAGAGAGAGAGAUGAGCCCGCACACGAGAUUGCGACGGAGAAGAAUGGAGAUGUACUGCCAUUACCGUCAUGCACCGUCCUGCCUCUGGAGCCAAUUGGAACCUUUGCCGUCGAGUCACGCCGUUGCCGUCAUUGUCGUCGCCGCGGCGGCAAGCGUGAGGGUCGACCAAGGAGCAAUAGGUAUGUGGAGGAGGGAGGAGCUGUUACACCGUCGUUGAGCAACUGCCACCGCCGGAGCUCGUCGUUGAGCCUGCCUGCUUCGCAUUCUACCCUUGCUCUGCUCCGCUGGGGGCUGAGCCCUGCCUCUCCUUGUUCAUCAGAGCUUGUGGUGUUGCUGUGGGAGUCGCUGUCAGAGGAGAGGAACUGCCGCCACCGCUGUUCCAUUGUGUCCUUCACCGUCGACGUCGGGCGGUCACUGGAGUUGCUGAUGCUCCAUCCCUUAUUUUCUUUUUCUUUGGAAUAAAUAUUUGAUUAUGUGAGCCUUUCUAUCCAAGAGUAAUGAUCUGCAAUAGGUAUCUAUUCGUUGUUGAGUUCUUAGACGUCAUCUGCUCCAUAUGUCACAGGCAGGAUCCACC